AUGAGCACCACCACAGUGAAUCAGACGGACUGCCCCGAGGUGAAGGUUCCUCUCCCUCUCUUCUUCACCAUCGGUGUGGUGAGCCUGGCUGAGAAUCUGCUGGUUGUGGUGUCCGUCCUACUCAACAGGAACCUCCACUCCCCCAUGUUCUGCUUCAUCUGCAGCCUGGCAGCCUUCAACACCAUGGCCAGCCUCACUAAAACCUGGGAGACCCUGAUGAUUGUGUUUGCCAACGUGGGCCAGCUGGAGAAGAAAGGUUCCUCUGAGAUGAACCUGGAUGAUGUGAUGGACUCCUUGCUGUGUAUGUCCUUCGUUGGCUCCAUUAGCAGUUUCCUGGCUAUUGCUGUGGACCGCUACAUCACGAUCUUCCAUGCUCUGCGAUACCACAACAUCAUGACUAUGCGGCGCACAAAGACUAUCUUGGGGGUAAUCUGGAUAACAUGCGGGGUGUCAGCCGUGCUCAUGGUGAGGUUCUUCCAAUCCAAGUUCAUCAUGAUCUGCUUUGUUGCCUUCUUUGUCGUCUCCUUGGCAAUGAUCUGCUUCCUCUACUUCUACAUGUUCAUGCUGGCACGCAUCCAUGCCAGAAAGAUUGCUGCCCUGCCCAGCAGCAGUGGGGGGAAGUUUGGCCGCCAGCGGUGGAGGGGCAGCAGCAUGAGAGGGGCCCUGACUCUGACCAUCCUUUUUGGGGCGUUCGUUGUGUGUUGGACGCCGUUUUUCCUCCACCUCAUUCUCCUCAUGGUGUGCCCCAUGAACCCGUACUGUGAGUGUUACCGCUCCCUGUUCCAGCUGCACGUGGUUCUGAUGGUGAGCCACGCCGCCAUCGACCCGGCCAUCUACGCCUUCCGCAGCGCCGAGCUCAGACACACCUUCAGGAAGAUGCUGCUCUGUUCAGACUGGAAGCAGCGAUCAUAG